CAAAGGCAGUCCGAGGGAGAGAGCGGGGAGUAGAAAAAUAAAAAAGAGACAUUUCAUCCAUUUCAAAAGGACUCCCGCUUUUCAUCCUCUGUCCUUUCUAGUUCAUUCCUACGAAAAAGUAGCCCAAAUAUGGAAAACGAACGAUGAGUGCCUGUAAAGCAACGAGUCAUCCUGAUCCGUAUGAAGGUUGGGACAGUGGCAGUUUAUUGGUCCACACCCCAUGGAUAUGCUGUAUGUCCAAAAGUAUUCAGACGCUCGUUGGAUUCUCCUACUUUAAGGAGUGUGGCAGGGUGCAGCUGACUGACUGAACCAUGGCUCAAUUCCCCACGCCCUUUGGAGGGGGGCUGGACACAUGGGUUAUCUCUGUGGAUGAGAGAGCCAAACAUGACCAACAGUUCCACAGUCUGACCCCCACACCUGCCGGCUUCAUCACAGGUGAUCAGGCCAAGAAUUUCUUUCUGCAGUCAGGCUUACCUGCUCCUGUUCUGGCCCAGAUAUGGGCUUUGGCCGACCUGAACAACGAUGGGAAGAUGGACAUGCACGAGUUCUCCAUAGCCAUGAAGCUGAUCAAGCUGAAGUUGCAGGGUCACCCGCUGCCCCCCACUUUGCCCCCCUCCAUGAAGCAGCCCCCACUGUCCAUACCGCCUCCCAGUGCUUUUGGAAUGCCCAGUAUGGGAACCAUGACAGGUAUACCAGCGGUGCCGCCAAUGCCCCUCCCGCCUCUUCCUCCUGGAGUGCCGGGUGUGGGCAUGUCACCCCCACUGGUGUCAUCAGUGACCCCUCCUGUGCCUCCAAUGGCCAACGGAGCCCCUUCGAUGAUACAGCCCAUAUCAGGAUUUUCACACCCUGCCACAGCUCUCAACAAAAGCUCAUCUUUCAACCGCUCCAGUGCCAAGCUACCCAAGGGACAGUCUUUUGAGACACCUAGUGCCCCUGCAGCCCCCGUGCCCUCUGACUGGGCUGUGCCCCAGUCCUCACGGCUAAAGUAUCGCCAACUCUUCAACAGCCAUGACAAGAUGAUGAGCGGCCAUCUUACAGGGCCCCAGGCUAGAACUAUUCUUAUGCAGUCCAGUCUACCACAAGCCCAGCUGGCCACCAUCUGGAACCUGUCAGACAUAGACCAGGAUGGAAAGCUGACAGCUGAGGAGUUUAUUCUGGCCAUGCACUUAAUUGACAUGGCCAUGUCUGGCCUGCCCCUCCCUCCUCUCCUGCCCCCUGAACUUCUGCCACCUACCUUCAGGAGGGUACGCUCUGGCAGUGGAGUCUCUAUGACCAGCAUGCACCCUAUAGAUCAGCGGGUCCAGGAAGAGUCUGCAGAAGAAGAGGAGAAAGAGGCAGAGAAAAAGCUUCCAGUCACUUUUGAGGACAAGAAGCGAGAGAACUUUGAAAGAGGCAAUCUGGAGCUGGAGAAGCGGCGACAGGCCCUGUUGGAGCAGCAACGUAAGGAGCAGGAGCGACUGGCGGCGCUGGAGCGGGAGGAGCAGGAGCGCAAGGAGCGUGAACGGCAAGAACAGGAGCGCAGACGACAGCAAGAGUUGGAGAAGCAACUUGAGAAACAGAGGGAACUGGAGAGACAGCGGGAGGAAGAGCGGCGCAAAGAGAUUGAGAGGAGAGAGGCAGCUAAGCGGGAGCUGGAGCGACAGCGGCAAUUGGAGUGGGAGAGGAACCGCAGACAGGAGCUGCUGACCCAGAGGAACCGAGAGCAGGAGAACAUCGUUUUGCUCAAAGCGCGCAAGAAGACCCUUGAGUUUGAGCUUGAGGCUCUGAAUGAUAAGAAGUCUCAGCUGGAGGGGAAGCUGCAGGAUAUCCGUUUCCGUCUGUCCACUCAGAGGCAAGAGAUUGAGAGCACCAAUAAGACGCGUGAACUCCGCAUCGCUGAGAUCACCACACUGCAACAACAGCUACAGGAGUCUCAGCAGUGGUUGGGUAGACUGAUUCCUGAUAAACAGUGUUUGAAUGAUCAGCUGAAGCAAGUGCAGCAGAACAGCCUGCAUAGGGACUCACUGUCCGGCUUGCAGAGAGCUGUGGAGAUGAAGGAAGCAACCAGGCAGCAGCUCUGUGAGCAACUGGACGCCGUGGAGAAAGAGACUCGCUCCAAACUGCUAGAGAUAGAUGCGUUCAACACACAGCUGAAGGAGCUCAGGGAGAUCCACAACAAGCAGCAGCGGCAGAAACAGAAGGAGUUGGAGGGGGACAUCAUUCAGCCUCCACUGGACAGCAAGCCUGCAGAUCUGCAGGAGAGCAGAGUGUUGGGGGCUGAUGAUGGUAUGUCGCCAGCCUGGAGGGAUUCAGCAUUAGGCAAAGCCCCAACGCCGCCUGCCUCUCAGCCCUGGAUGAGCCACGUCAGUGAAGAGGAGAGCCAGAGCUCUAGAGGAGACAUGCAGGACAAACUCUCUAAACUGUUCAUGCAGCAGCCUGAACCAGGAAAACUGCUGGGCCAGUCACCCUGGCCUGCAUUAGAUAAAGUACCCAUUUCUGGCCUUAAUCAGGAGAAGGUAAGAGUGGUGUACUACAGAACGCUUUACCCCUUUGAGGCCCGAAGUCAUGAUGAAAUUACCAUCCAACCUGGGGACAUAGUUAUGGUGAAAGGGGAGUGGGUUGAUGAGUCUCAAACUGGUGAGCCUGGCUGGUUAGGGGGUGAAAUUAAAGGAAAGACUGGCUGGUUUCCUGCCAACUAUGCAGAGAAGAUUCCAGAAUCUGAAGUUCCUCUUAACCUGAGAGCCAGUGCUACAUCCAGUUCAGCCUCCAAACUCGGCACCCGCAUUACCCCCACUUCAUCAACCACACCCACGCCUCUACAGCCAGUCACCACAGAGACGUCUGCAGUAGCUCCACCCACUACAGCCACAGCCGCUCCAUGCCCCACCUCCUCAUCUUCAUCUGCCUCUAGUAACUGGGCAGACUUUAGCACUACAUGGCCAACGAAUUCGGCAGUGGAGAAGCAGGAUGCUGACGGUUGGGAGGCGUGGCCAACUCAGCCCACCCAGCCCACACAGCCUUCUCUGUCUGUUCCCAGUGGAGGUCAGGGUCGGCAGCGCUCCGCCUUCACCCCUGCCACCCUCUCUGGCUCCUCCCCCUCGCCUGUGCUUGGACAGGGGGAGAAGGUGGAGGGGUUGCAGGCUCAGGCUCUGUACCCAUGGCGGGCGAAGAAGGACAACCACCUAAACUUCAACAAGAAUGAUGUGAUCACAGUGCUGGAGCAGCAGGACAUGUGGUGGUUUGGUGAGGUACAAGGCCAAAGAGGCUGGUUCCCCAAAUCCUAUGUCAAGCUCAUCUCUGGACCUGUGCGCAAGUCCAUGAGUAUUGAGUCAGGAUCCUCUGAUAGCCCUCCCAGUAUGAAGAGACCCAGCCCUUCCCCUAACAAACCUAUGGAGCUUGGUGAAGAGUACAUAGCGAUGUAUACGUAUGAAAGCAGUGAGCAAGGUGACUUGACCUUUCAGCAGGGCGACGUCAUCACAGUGUUAAAGAAAGAGGGUGAUUGGUGGACUGGCACAGUCGCCGGUAAAACAGGAGUCUUCCCUUCUAACUACGUCAAGCCCAAGGAUUCAGAGGGCCUGGGGCCUGCUGGGAAAACUGGGAGUCUGGGAAAGAAACCAGAAAUUGCUCAGGUGAUCGCCCCCUACACGGCCACGGGGGCGGAGCAGCUCACCUUGGCGCCUGGCCAGCUCAUCCUCAUCCGUAAGAAGAACCCUGGAGGCUGGUGGGAAGGAGAACUGCAGGCAAGAGGAAAGAAACGUCAGAUCGGAUGGUUCCCGGCCAAUUAUGUGAAACUGUUAAGCCCUAGCACCAGUAAGACCACACCCACUGAGCCAACUCCGCCCAAAUUGCCAACACCUAAUGCAGUGUGCCAGGUGAUUGGCAUGUAUGACUACGUGGCUCAAAAUGAUGAUGAGCUGCCCUUUGGGAAGGGGCAGAUAAUCAAUGUGCUGAGCAGAGAGGAUCCUGAUUGGUGGAAGGGCGAGUUGAAUGGUUCCGUUGGCCUUUUCCCCUCCAACUAUGUCAAACUGACCACAGACACAGACCCCAGCCAACAAUGGUGUGCUGACCUCCACCUCUUGGACAUGCUGACCCCAAUGGAGAGAAAGCGGCAAGGCUACAUCCAUGAGCUCAUCGUGACUGAAGAAAACUAUGUCAAUGACCUGCAGUUGGUCACUGAGACCUUCCAGAAACCUCUACUGGAGUCAGAGUUGCUGACAGAAAAAGAAGUGGCCAUGAUCUUCGUCAACUGGAAGGAACUCAUCAUGUGCAACAUUAAAUUGCUCAAGGCAUUGCGGGUGAGGAAGAAGAUGUCGGGGGAACGCAUGCCUGUGAAGAUGAUUGGGGAUAUUCUGACGGCACAGUUGCCCCACAUGCAGCCUUAUAUCCGUUUCUGCAGCUGCCAGCUCAAUGGUGCAACUCUCAUCCAGCAGAAGACUGAUGAGGUGCCUGACUUCAAGGACUUUGUAAAGAGGUUGGCCAUGGAUCCUCGCUGUAAAGGAAUGCCUCUGUCCAGCUUCUUGCUCAAACCCAUGCAGAGGGUCACACGCUACCCCCUUAUCAUCAAAAAUAUUCUAGAGAACACUCCAGAAAGCCACCCCGAUCACAGUCACCUACGGCAGGCUCUGGAGAAGGCGGAGGAGCUCUGCUCACAAGUCAAUGAGGGAGUACGAGAGAAGGAGAACUCGGAUCGCCUGGAGUGGAUUCAAGCUCACGUUCAGUGUGAAGGGUUAUCAGAGCAACUGGUCUUCAACUCUGUGACUAACUGUCUGGGCCCUCGCAAGUUCCUGCACAGUGGGAAGCUCUACAAGGCUAAGAGCAACAAGGAGCUGUAUGGCUUCCUCUUCAAUGAUUUCCUGCUCCUCACCCAGGUUAUCAAACCACUUGGCUCCUCGGCUUCUGACAAGGUCUUCAGCGCCAAGUCCCACUUGCAGUACCGCAUGUACAAGACACCCAUCUUCCUGAACGAGGUUCUAGUGAAGCUCCCUACAGAUCCCUCUGGAGAUGAGCCGAUUUUCCAUAUAUCCCACAUAGACAGAGUGUACACCAUACGAGCAGAGAGCAUCAAUGAGAGAACUGCGUGGGUGCAGAAGAUCAAGGCUGCCUCUGAGCUCUUCAUUGAGACAGAGAAGAAGAAGAGAGAGAAAGCCUAUUUGGUACGGUCUCAGAGAGCUACAGGCAUUGGUAGACUGAUGGUCAACAUAGUAGAAGGAAUUGAGCUGAAACCCUGCCGUUCCCAUGGUAAGAGUAACCCAUAUUGUGAGGUGACAAUGGGCUCACAAUGUCACAUCACUAAGACUCUGCAGGACACGUUGAACCCCAAGUGGAACUCAAACUGCCAGUUCUUCAUCAAAGACCUGGAACAGGAUGUGCUGUGUGUGACUGUAUUUGAGAGGGACCAAUUCUCACCUGAUGAUUUCCUGGGCAGGACAGAGAUUCGCCUGGCGGACAUUAAAAAGGACCAGGGCUCGAAAGGUCCAAUCACUAAGAGGCUGCUCUUGCACGAGGUCCCCACAGGAGAGAUAGUGGUCAGACUCGACCUGCAGCUAUUCGAUGAACCCUGACCCUUGUGAUCUUCAACCUCCUUUCACUCCAGAUUCCAUACUGCCCCCCUCUUCCAUGGUGCCAGUCCUCCAGCCUAAUGUGACAAUCCACAUCACUCAACAGCACCGUACCCCAUUCUGUGUGCGUGGGUGAGAGUGUAGAAGAGAGAGAGGAACAUAAAGAGAGAUCAGGAAGUAUGAGAGGACGGAUGUUGGUGUAGAAAAGUAAGCUGUAACGGUCUUGAUCAGUCCUGUAGUCUGAUUUUUAUAUGAAUUGAACAUCAUGAUUCAAAGCUCAUUGAAGAGUUCUAGAGCUGAAGCUGAAGUUUUAAGAUGGUGUUGGUCUGAAAGAAGUAAAGGCACUAUCUGUGCUUAAAUAGCAUUUAUGGUAGCCCCUACAGUGAAUUUUGGUAGCACCUCGUUGGAGGGCUACCUUCAUAGGGACAAAUGUAUUUUUAAAACAAUGCUUAAAUAUUUAUGAGCAGCUUAUACCAGUAAUCGCAAAAUAAAGUGACAGUUUUGUAACACUGUUAUGAAGCAUCAGUGCCAAAGAAAUAGGACUUUUAAGGCUGAGGCAUAGUUAAGAAAACCAUUUAUUAGUUAUACAUAAAGCACAAAAGUACAGAUGACUUGUUUGGCUCACAUGAAUAAUUAAUUGUGGUCUACUAAAUAGAAAUUGUUCAUAAAAAUAAUAGCAUAACUAAUAACUCACAGUACUUACGUUUGUUGCUUAAUUACAUUUAAAAGCAAGUCAUUUUGUACUGAAGUGGAAAUACAGACAGGGUACUUUUACUCAAAUAAUAUUUUACCAAGAGUAUUGAUACUUUUUUUUCAGUACAGGUUUUUUGAAGUUCAUUAGCAUGAAAAUCUUCCACAGAACUGAUAUAUGAUCGUAAAUAGGCCUCUGUACUUUAAGCUCCAUUACUUGGAAUGUUGAAACCCAGUGCGAUGUUGUGUACUUCAUAAACAUUAUGUCAUCCUGUCAUUGAUUACUGGCAUAAGCUGUUCAUAAAUAUUCCAGUAUUUCUUUAUAAAUACAUUUUAAUUCUUGCAUGAAGAGAACCUUUUUAUUCAUACUAUGAAGAGAGCCUUCAAAUAAUGUUACAGAAUUUUUCAGUAACUGAUGUCAGUGGUUGUUUUAUCUUUUGAAUAUUCACAUGCUGAUCUGCAAGACAAGAGCAAAUGACAAAAACAACAUUUUAAAGUGUGUAAACGAUUUGAUUUAAGUGCUCACAAGCACUACACAAUUCAAAACAUUCCUGUUUCAGUUUAUAUUAGGAUAUUGUUGUUCAUUUGUCAAGCAAGGCAUUUAAAAUAUGAGAUCUUGGGGGGUCGGGGUCCACAUAGGACGCACUAUACAUUUAGUGUAAACAAAAGCAGCUUUACCAGCCACCUAUUAUGGCUUUAAUGCAAUUUGUUAUUGAACAUAUGUUUCAAUAUACUUGGCUUCUGGUGCUGUUGACAGUUCCCUUAUGUUUACAAGAACUCUCAGUUCUCGAUUUCAGAAAUAAGUUCUAGAAUGAAGUCAGUACUAGAAUUCAUAAGUGUAUUCAACUUUCUGGAAUGAAAUUGAUUAUAGAGUUAGGUUCCAUGUUCUAUGAUAAAUUUCAGAUCACUGCAGGUCAAGGUCUAAAGCAUUAUACCAUUCCAGAAAGUAUAUGUACACUCCAAACUGUCUAUAGACUGAGAUACUUUAUAACAUUGCUGUCAUGAAAAAAACUCUGCAAUUUUUCCUUCUUGCAUAGUUAGAAAACCCUGGGUUGCCGUUUGAAUUGGGUUUUAAAUGUCAUGAUGAAAGAAGCAACAAAGUUACAUGGGGAAAAAAAUCUUGUUACAUUAUCCUCUAUAUCAAGUGAAUAAUGUUUUUAAUUCUCCUGUUACCAAGAUACCAUUUUGGAGAUGCAAGUUUUUUUCAGACAGCGUUGAUAACUUUAGAUCACACAGCCACAAGUUGUUUAACUGUAUUGGGAUGUUGGGAAACCCAUGUGAAUCUCAACUUUUAAAGUUUCCCUCACACUCUAGUCUUAUUUUGCAACGUGUUAAAACACUUGUGUGCUUUUUUUUUCUUUAAGUUUUCAAUGAAAAAAAUUCCAAAAGGUGACCAACAGUUAUGUACUUGAAUGUAAUCAGAAGACUGGUUUCUAAAGAGAUACUGUACUUCAUGCUUUGGGUAACGUAAAGAUCAGAUGGCCCUCAAACGUCAACAUUCACUUGAUUGUUUAUACUACAGUGGCUGAAUUGUGUGCAGAGGGGGACAUUUUUGAGUUCAUUCCACCUAUAACGUGAAGAGCUGAAAAACAAAGUGACCAAUAAUCUGAUAUUGUCUGAAAUGUAUUCCCUGUAGUUUUCCUUUAGAAAAACGCAAUCUCGCAAGUGAUCAUCAGCAAUUGAAAUUGAAAUUGAGGUUUGGAACCACUUUCUGGAGUGCAUGCCAAGAUUUUUCUCUUUUGGGCUUUUUUAACUGAGAAAACAGAAAAUGCAUUAGUCCCACGUAAUCUCUUGUGUCAAAUACUUGUAAAAUACUGUUAAUGCAGAGCCAAGAUUGAGUAGAGUUAAACAGACUUGUAUGUUUAGCUUAGUAGACCUUUAGCCAAGUUUAAACGUUUAAAUUUUUUUCUCAUCUGCCCUUUUCAUAUGUAUAAUUUGACUUUCAUUUUGGUACACAAAGUAAGCUAUUUAACAUUGACUGCUAUUUAUAAUUAAUACUACAUUACUAAUGUGUUCUUUUUUAAUAUUAUUUCUAUUUUUGAGAUUUUUAAGUUCCUGGUUUCUCUCUAAACACUGAACCUUGCUUAGGUUAGUAGCAGUUAGAUAGUAGGGGUUAACACUGUAAUUGGAUUCUAUUUGUAAAGUUGAAAUGUAUCAGGGUUGAUAUUUUUGGUUAACAGUGUACUUCUUUCUUUUGUUACGAACAGGAAGCUGUAAGUGGAAUAUAAUAGUCUGAAAUUUGAGAAUUGUAUUGCAUAGAAAUUAUGUGUAUAGAUGGUGUGUUGGUUCAAAUGCACCACAGAUCAGGCUGCAGGGGGAUAAUGACCUUAUCAGUUUAGUCUGUGAUAUCCCUCCAUAACAUUUCACAAAAUAGUAUAGCUUCUCCACAAUGUGUUUCAGUUUUUGUUCUUUUUUCCAUUAUGGGUUGAUUUGGAUGGACAGGAUGAGAUUGGUAGCAUUACUGAGCUGGAGAAGUCAUUUCUGAAUGAUACUGUAACAUUAAAGGAACACUCUGUGUUUCCCAUCUAAGCUCUAUCUGCAGCAUCUGUGCCAUACAGUGAAGUACCACAAACAAUAAUUUCAUCGGGUUUCCUUGUACUAACCUGUUGUCCCAGCCAGUCUAUAAAGCAUUUCUCUGCCAGUCUAGUUUGACCAUUGUAUUUAGUUAAUUUCUCCACUUUAAUUGUUUAAUUCAAAGCUGCAGACUGAGACGCUUGCUUAGACAACGACAGGUUCAGCAUUUGAUGUAGUUCUGCUGUUGCACUCUUUUCCAGAAUCUGACCAAACAGGCUGCAGGUCAAAUAUUAUCUUGCAGAAGUUAGCUAAAGUAUUCAUUUUCUAUCUUUGUAUUGUACUGCACAUUGAAGGGGUCCCUUCCUUUAAUAAAUUUGCAGUUAAAAAGGGCCAUUAAGGACAAGUUAUUAAUUUUUCAACAAUGAAGGAUGUCAUCACAUUUUUCAGUAUUUACCACACUUUCAUUCUUUUUCAGGAGAUGUGCUUUUAGAUUUUCAAAGAAAUCUGAAGGGAUGUUUUUCCACACCUCCAAAGUUCAGUCUUAGAAGUUGGUUGCAUUUUCUGCUUCUCACAAUCCCGUGAUGCAAGUAAUUCAUUCAGUGAUGUUGAGCUCUGGGGUGGGCAGUUCAUCAGCAGCUUAUUUGUUUGAUAUCUUCUGUUUGAUCUAUUUCCUUUUCUCAGUAACAGCUUUUUGACAGCUACACAUCCAUUCAGACUCAUAGUGCUGAGUUGUCUUCUCACAGUGAAAGGAUGGACAGAAACACCUCUGGAUUGUUUCAGAUCUGAAUUAAGAGUGGAGCUUGAUUUUCUCCUCUCUCUCAAAGAUGAAAGUACUAUUUAUGUAAUGGUGACAAACUUGGUGGUCUUCCAAGUCUUGAACGGUUAGGGGUCCCAUUUUACCCUGUAUCUUUUUCUUGUUUUAUUUUCACUCAUGUUUUUAGAAACAUGUUUUUUUCUGUCAUUUGAAUUUCCUUUUCCUUCUGCAAGUGUAUUAUUUUAUAUCUAAUCUCCUGAAAAUUAAUAACCUUUGCUUAGUGUUAAAUGAGAGUUAAAUGAAGGGUGGUCUCUGACUUUUACCCAGUACUGAAGGUGCUCAAAUACAAAAUUAGUAAGGGUUAUCUGCAGCCUAAAAUGAGUUGUGACUUGUAAACAGGUGCUCAGCAAAGUGAUAAAUUUAUCAUGGAAAAAUCACAAAUCUAGUCGAAUGCAAAAGUUAGCACCCCUCAAAUUGUGUAUUUAGAUUCUAAGGAUAAAUAAACUGACACAUCAUUUAUAGGGAACAAACAAAUGUGUCAUUUUACUGCAAAUUAUAGCAUAUUUAGAUUUAUUUGCUGAGUUCAUUAUAUUGGGAGACAAUAAAGCAUAAAAUGUGUGUUUGACCAGAGGUGCUUGAACUUUUGCAUAUGACUGUAACAGCAACAACAAAUCAGAUCGUGCUGUCGGAACUAACUGCUGUAUAAGAUUUAACAGCUUUCAGUUCUUUUGCUAGUAAGGAAACAAAAAUAAUUGUUAAUGUUAGUUGACUGUAUGCUACAGAUGUGACAGACACAGAUUGGGUUGAAAAAUGCUGAAAUGUUCUUUUAAGUGCUGUAUGUUUGUGUGUAUGUUAUAGAGCGUGUCCCUGUGUAGAUGCAAUACAGACGUCACUAUUCCACUGCUGUGCUAGUGAGAUGUCAGAUUCAUUGAGAAGAACUGCUUCUGCAGGGUGUACAAGUUAUUCCACUUAGUGUGUGUAUGUGUGUGUUUUUUAGCACCGUUUGAGUGCUUCAGUUUGUGCUGGGUCACCUCUGGGGCGUCUUACUGAAAGGCAUUUUAUUUUAGGGGACGUUGAAGAGGGUACAAUUACCUCUUUCAUUCUCUCUCUCUCUCUCUCUGUCUCUUUCUCCUUCUUCUUUCUCCCCCCCGCCCCCUGCAUCUGUCUGUCCCCCUUCCCACUUCUCCCCUUUCGCCCACUUUACAUUGCAAACCAGUAGGCUCUUUUCCCUUAUUUUUAAUGAGCAGUCCCAAUGAGUCAGCGGUACAGUAUGUGUUUGUGUUUAAAUCUUUGAAAGGAGUAUAAUAUAUUUCAACUUGAAGAGUAAUUAUGUUGAUGACAGCAUAUUGUUAUCAAUGUAGAAGCAGUGUGUUGUCUUAAAUGUUGCAAUUAAAGCUCAAUCGGACCAAG